CCUUUACUCUCUUGCUCUUUCUUCUCCUUCACUAACUUUCUGUCUUCAACUAAAACAACAGCCCAAGUAGGAGAAAAUGUCUGCUCAUCUCUCCAAGACAGACUCAGAGGUGAGCAGCCCAACUCAAUCUUCACCAGCAAGGUCCACUCGUAGACAAGUCUACUACGUUCAGAGUCCAUCAAGGGACUCCCAUGAUGGUGAAAAGACUACAAACUCAUUCCAAUCCACCCCGGUGCUCAGCCCCACGGGCUCACCUCCUCACUCUCAUUCCAACUCUUCAUUAGGCCCUCAUUCCUCGCGUGAGUCUUCUUCAACCCGCCUGUCUGGAUCCCUCAAACCACAUCGAAAACACGAGGGAUCUCGCAAAGGUCACAAGCCAUGGAAAGAGUUCGAUGCCAUUGAAGAAGAAGGUUUACUUUAUGGUAAUGAUGGUCCCCAGCAUGACCUCCAUCGUCGACGUUGCUAUUUCCUUGCAUUUGUUGUUGGCUUCUUUGUGCUUUUCACCACGUUUUCUUUGAUCCUAUGGGGUGCUAGUAGACCCCAAAAGCCUAAAAUCACCAUGAAGAGCAUUUCCUUCAAUGAAUUUGUGGUUCAAGCUGGUUCGGAUUUCUCAGGAGUGGGUACGGAAAUGGUGUCAAUGAACUGCACGGUGAAGUUCACAUAUCGCAACACAGCUACAUUUUUUGGAGUUCAUGUAACAUCAACACCCUUAGAUCUCUCUUUCUCUCGGCUCACUGUGGCCACUGGAUCGAUGCGCAAGUUUUAUCAAUCAAGAAAGAGCCAAAGAGCAUUAACUGUCAUGAUGAAAGGGAGUCACAUUCCCUUGUAUGGAGGCGGGGCUAGCUUGGGUAGUCUCAAUGGUGCAACGACUCAGCCAGUGCCACUGACACUAAACUUCAUGGUUCGUUCUAGGGCUUAUGUUUUGGGCCAGUUGGUCAAGCCCAAGUUCCAUAAGAGAAUUGAAUGUUCGGUCACCAUGGACCCCAAAAAGAUGAAUGAGGCUAUUUCACUAAAAAACAAAUGCAUUUACAGCUGAUAAUUCAACAGAGCUGUACUUUUAUCGUUGUUUGAUGGCUUGAAAUUAUUUUGAUAGAAAAAAUAUGGUACAAUGAGAUAAACGAGAGCGGCCAGGCAAGUUUAUACUGAGCAGAUUGGACGGUGGAGACUGAUUCAGAAUUCUCUGGCUCCAAUAAUAAGGGCAUUGGAAAUGUAGUACUGGUCGGUGGUUAUACUGUUAGGCCCUUUAAGAUUUGUUUACACGUAUAAGUUAAACGAGUUUUGGGUAAAACUUUUGAUGCUUCGAUCAAAUAUUUGGACAUUUUGAUGAAUGCUUUGAUUAAUCUUUUUUUUUACCUUUCAAAGGGCAUCAAGAUGUAAAAUAUAAUUACUAUCAAGUCCAAUAAAGUUAGAAUUCAAGUCAAAUUUACAUUUUCUGCAAGCUGGAUUUAUCCUUAGUUUGAAGAUGUAUCAAUUUUGAACUCAGAUUAUAUAACACACUAAAUCAAGGGGUUGAUUUUUUUCUUUUUAAUUUAGGCCCGAAAUGAGUUGAGUUUGAGAUUGACUUUCCACAUUUUUUUAAUGUGAUUGAGCCAAUUUACCUUAGGAGAGGGUGGCUUUGAAUCCUAACUUGGAUAUUUCCACCCACUUUCCAAGCAAACCAGAGGGCCUAAGGCCUCUGGUCAACAAGUGGACUGUAUGAAUUGCUCCAUUCUUUUUACAUCUGCCUUCGAAACACAUGAAUGGAGAUUGCCUGGAAUCAAUCCCAUCAUUCCCUUUUAGCUGGAGUCUGGAGAAGAUUCAAAUACAACAAGAGGAGAAUUAAUUCCCUCAAAAACAAGAAACAGCAGCUCAGAAAAGGAGCUGCCGAGAACUUACCAGAAUACAGCCAAAAUCUGCUUUCAUGGUAAUUUCAGUUCCUAAUUUCCUCAAGUGCACCUGAGGCAGGCAGCUGCCUCCUGGCAUGGCAUGUGUACAUAAUAAAACAUUUAUUUAACAUUUUUUCCUGGAAUCAAUCCCAUCAUUCAUAGGCUUUCAAUUCUUUAAUCCUUUGCAUUCUUCUGUCCAGGAAUAUAUCUAUUGAUACGGUUGAUAUAUUUUAAUAUUAAAGAUUUGGUUUUUGAUGUUGACUUGCUAAUCCCUUAUUAUUACUAAUCAAUUUGCCUUCUGAAAUGAAAGAAAAAGAGUUUGGUGAACAUGAAUACAAAAUGUUUGAAGCAAGUUAGUUAAAUCUUGGUCAUAAGUGGAAAACAACCCAAAGUCCCACCCAAUGAUUUCUCCUGCACCGACGAGCUGUUUUACAAAAAUGCAUUGCUUGGGUUGGGAGUUGGGACAAUCUAAACAUAGGAAUCGGCAGGCCGCAGUCUGCCUAUAUUCUUUGCUUUUUUAGGUGUUGAGAAAUUAUUGUUGAAGGAAAUUGUUUGUCAUUUCCAUUUUUUCAAUCAUAAAAUUAUAAUCAAAUUAAUGUUUUCAUAUAAAAUUCAUUGACGGUGUAAUUCUGAAUGAAAGGAGAUAACAGGGUAAAAUAGUACAAAAACCAUACGGCAUGCUUGUAAAAUUCUAAAUUAAUGUGGGUCAAUCACCAAAAGUUGAAAUUCAGUUAGUUGAUUUUUAUGACUUGAGCUGUCCUUGCCUACUUCCUAAGUCUACCUGGUAUUGAGUUUGGACAAAACAAACAGCUUCACAGGAAACACAAGAACAAGUUUCGCACAUAAAUACAUUCACACUGCGGUAUGGCUACAGCUUUCAUGAAGUUCAAUUGAUAAAAGAUAAAAAAAUUUAUUAUUUGUUAGAAUUAUUUUAAAUGUAUUAUUUUUAAUCAUUUAUUUUAUAUUAUUUAGUAUGAUAUUUUAUUUUUAUUUAUCUGUCUGUUUUGGAUUUUUUCUUACAAGAGAACUACUUUUGAAAUUAAGAAAUCUAAGUUCGGAUUUAAUCUGUGCUCAGGGAUCGAAUCAAUGUUAGAAUUUGAGAAUAAAGCAAACGAAUUGGAAGAAUGAAAAAGGGUUCAAUCUCGAAACGGCGUAAUAAUCCUUAUGGUGGAAAUUCAUUUUUAGUGGACAUUAAAAUGAAACAUGAAU